AUCUUGUUCUCUAGGAGAUCCCGUUCUACCACAUCUGGAACGGUUCCCAGCGGUUCCUCCACUGCACCUUCACCCUGGAGCGGCUCAACCUCAGUACCUGUGAGCUCACCUGUCAGCUGUGUGUCUGGCAGGUAGAGGGGGAGGGACAGAGCUUUAGCCUGGACUUCAACAUCGCCAAGGACAGUCGGCCCCUGGACCCGGAGUUCCUGCUGAUGGACAAUAACCCGAACGGUACGGCUCUAGCAGGACCCAGUGCUUUCCAGAUCCCCUAUCUCAUCAGGCAGAAGAUCUGCAGCAGCCUGGAUACGCCUUGUCCCAACGGGGCCGAUUGGAGACUGUUGGCCCAGAGACUCAAACUGGACAGGCACAUGAGUUUCUUUGCAUCCAAGGCGAGUCCCACCAGUAUGAUUCUGGAUCUGUGGGAGGCCCAACACUUCCACAGUGGAAACCUGAACCAGCUGGCCACCGUCAUGGCCGACAUCGGCAAACAGGAAGCUAUGAUUUUCCUGGUCUCAGACGGAGAGUGCUAGCCCUAGCUCUGUCCCACACUGUCCCAACACACCCUAAUCCCUAGAUAGUGCACCAAAGUAGGGGACUACCUAGGUAAUAGAGUGCCAUUUGAGAUCGGCCCCCUAAAGAGGGAGAGGACUGGAACAGGGUAGAAUAUACAGACACAUGAGAGGAGAGGAGAACACUCUCCCUUUUGCCCCUCCUUUACAAGAGAGAAGAGAGAAUAGAACAAUCCCCCUCUCUCUCCCCUCCUUUACAAGAGAGAAGAGAAGAACGGAACACUCCCCCUCUCUCUCACCUCCUUUACAAGAGAGAAGAGAAGAAUGGAACACUCCCCCUCUCUCUCCCCUCCUUUACAAGAGAGAAGAGAAGAACAGAACACUCCCCCUCUCUCUCCCCUCCUUUACAAGAGAGAAGAGAAGAAUGGAACACUCCCCCUCUCUCUCCCCUCCUUUACAAGAGAGAAGAGAAGAGAAGAAUGGAACACUCCCCCUCUCUCUCUCCUCCUUUAUAAGAGAGAAGAGAAGAC